UUUCCAUUUUAAAAAGUUCGAGUUGUUGUUCAACCUUAAGCAUCGUACUAAAACAUAGUAUUAAGAAAAUAAGAACCCAAAAAGAUUUGAAACUGAAAAAAAACCAAAGCGGGCCCAAAAAUCAGGAGUAGUUCGCGUGUCCACACUAAAAGCAUGUGUCCCUACACCACCAGAUCGUAGCCAUAUAUUUAUGAAACGUCAUUAAAUCCUCUCAACGGUUAACCAAACCCCACACCACACAUCCUUUUCUUUCCCCUUCUCUCAACAUUUUGGGGGAAAAACAAAAAAAAAUGGGUUUGCAUCCAAUUUCCGACGCCGACGAACACAAUCCUUUCGGAUCUCUCACCGCCGACGAAUUCUACGCCAAACAUUCCGUUAGCCACUCCUCCGCUUUCAUCACCAACCCUCGUGGUCUCAAACUCUUCACUCAAUGGUGGUCACCACUCCCUCCAACUAAACCAAUCGGUAUCAUCGCCGUCGUUCACGGCUUCACCGGCGAAACCAGCUGGUUCCUCCAGCUCACAUCAAUCCUUUUCGCUAAAUCCGGUUUCAUCACUUGCGCAAUUGAUCACCAAGGCCAUGGAUUCUCCGAUGGACUCAUCGCUCAUAUCCCUGACAUCAAUCCCGUCGUCGAUGACUGUAUCUCUUUCUUCGAUGACUUUCGUAGCCGUCAAUCGCCGUCAGAUCUGCCGUGUUUUCUUUACUCUGAAUCUCUAGGCGGCGCGAUUGCUCUCUACAUCUCGCUCCGUCAGAGAGGUGUUUGGGAUGGGCUUAUCCUUAACGGAGCUAUGUGUGGAAUCAGCGAUAAAUUCAAACCGCCGUGGCCGUUGGAGCAUUUGCUCUUCGUCGUCGCGAAUCUUAUCCCUACCUGGCGCGUUAUCCCUACGCGCGGAUCUAUUCCCGAUGUUUCUUUCAAGGAGCCUUGGAAGAGGAAGCUUGCGAUGGCUAGCCCUAGAAGGACGGUGGCGAGACCACGCGCCGCCACUGCUUAUGAGCUGAUUCGUGUUUGUAAGGAUCUGCAAGAGAGGUUUGAGGAAGUGGAGGUGCCGCUUCUGAUUGUGCACGGCGGAGGCGAUGUUAUCUGCGACGUAGCGUGUGUUGAGGAGCUUCAUAGGAGAGCGAUUAGUGAGGACAAGACGAUCAAGAUCUACCCUGAGUUGUGGCAUCAGAUGAUUGGGGAAUCGGAGGAUAAAGUCGAUCUGGUUUACGGUGACAUGCUGAGCUGGCUCAAGACUCGAGCGGAAAGGAAGGCACGCGCCGGCGGAGCUUAGAGUCCCUUUUGAGUCCUUGUAUUGUAGUCCAAUAGGACAGUGCCAUCUGGCAAGCAACUAUUUAUGGUUUACUGUUUCGUAGCACAUGGUUUACAGUUAAACCAAUACCUUUGGGUAUCAUCAAUAAAUUUGAAAUAUAAAAAUCGUUGAAAAAAAUAUUUGAAAAUUAA